CAUUAUUCCCCAACGGUCCGUUUCUUCAAAGCACUUUGCUUUAUAACCACAACUAUACUCAUCUUCUUCCCUUUAACCCUCCUCUCUCUCUUUUUCUCUUCUUCUCUCUCUCUCGAUGGAGCUUGUUGUUGUUGUCGCUGAAGCUACACAAAUCCAGCACGUGAACAGGAAGUCCUCCGACGAGUUGCUCCGGAAGUUCGCCGAUCCUGACGACUUAGACGAGCCAACAAAGUCAACGAAGCGCCCGAGGAAAUCAGCUACUAGGAACUCUCGAGAGAACGGUGUUGACGUGGAAAGCAACACUAAUGCUACAGGUUUGGUGGAGAGGAAACGGCUCUUGCUUGCUCCGGCAGCUAGUAAACGGCGGUCUAUGUUUCUCCGCCAGAUUGCUUCUGGAAAGUCACAUCUCAAGAACAAGUCUCUCGUCAGAACUAUCGGCAAGACAUGGCGUAAAACAAUGGAAGGAGCUUCAAGAGUUUUCAUCGAGAAGCAUUAUAACAGACACAGACGUCUAAUCAACGAUGUUCUUUGAAGCAGCUUCUGCAACUCUUUGUUUUGUUUUUUUCUUUAAUGUGUUUGUAACUUUAUAAACGUGAAUCUCUAACGUUUUAUUUUACAUUAUUCGUUUGUACUUUUUUUUAUUUGGUCAAUUUUUAUUCGUUUGUACUU